AUGGAGGAGCUUUUGGAGGAGGAGGAGGAGAUGGAGGGGGAGGUGGAGGUGGAGUUUUGUGGGCAAAAGGACUUAGGUGAUGGUGAUGGUGAUGGAGCUUCUGUCGGAGACGGUGAUGGAGCAUUGGGCAAGGAUCGAGUUAAUGGAGGACCUUGUGGCGUAGAUGGAGUUGACGGAGGAGGUUCUUGUGAAGACGGUGGUGGAGCAUUGGGCAAGGAUCGAGUAAAUGGAGGACCUUGUGGCGUAGACGGAGUUGACGGAGGAGGUUCUUGUGAAGACGGUGGUGGAGCAUUGGGCAAUGAUGGAGUUGAUGAUGGAGGAGCUUCUGGAGAAGACGGAGUUGACGGGGGAGGUUCUUGCGAAGAAGACGGUGGUGAAAAUGGAGUUGAAGGAGCUUCUGGCGAAGAUGGAGGUGGAGAUGGAGUUGACAGAGGAGGUUCUGGCAAAGACGGAGUUGACGGAGAAGGUUCUUGCGAAGACGGUGGUGAAGAUGGAGUUGAAGAAGGAGCUUCUGGCGAAGAUGGAGGUGGAGAUGGAGUUGACAGAGGAGGUUCUGGCGAAGACGGUGGUGGAGCAUUGGGCGAGGAUGGAGGUGGAGAUGGAGAUUUGGGGGCAAAAGGGUUGGUGAAUAACGGAGACUUAGGUGAUGGUGAUGGUGAUGGUGAUGGUGAUGGAGCUUCUGUCGGAGACGGUGGUGGAGCAUUGGGCAAGGAUCGAGUUAAUGGAGGACCUUGUGGCGUAGACGGAGUUGACGGAGGAGGUUCUUCUGAAGAUGGUGGUGGAGCAUUGGGCAAGGAUCGAGUAAAUGGAGGACCUUGUGGCGUAGACGGAGUUGACGGAGGAGGUUCUUGUGAAGACGGUGGUGGAGCAUUGGGCAAUGAUGGAGUUGAUGAUGGAGGAGCUUCUGGAGAAGACGGAGUUGACGGAGGAGGUUCUUGCGAAGACGGUGGUGAAAAUGGAGUUGAAGGAGCUUCUGGCGAAGAUGGAGGUGGAGAUGGAGUUGACAGAGGAUGUUUUGGCGUAGACGGAGUUGACGGAGGAGGUUCUUGCGAAGACGGUGGUGAAGAUGGAGGUUCUGGCGAAGAUGGAGUUGACAGAGGAGGUUCUGGCGAAGACGGUGGUGGAGCAUUUGGCGAGGAUGGAGUUGAGGGAGCUGCUUGUGGCGAAGAAGGAGGUGGAGAUGGAGUUGAGGAAGGAGGUUCUGGCGAAGACGGUGGUGGAGCAUUAGGCGAGGAUGGAGUUGAGUGUGGACCUUCUGGUGAAGAAGGAGGUGGAGCUGGAGUUGAGGGAGGAUGUUCUAGUGAAGACGGUGGUGGAGCAUUGGGCGAGGAUGGAGUUGAGGGAUGA